GGACAUUUUGUUCCCAACUGGCCUGGGUUGGACUUUUGAUACUUAUUCUUGCUGUGAGUCCUCGUGCGGUGUCAUCCACAAAUCCUGUCCCGAGCCAGCCUGUGCACGACUGCUACUUCUUCCUAUCAACCGAAUCGUUGCUAAUAACCACGCAUUCGUUUGACUCAACUGCCGCAAAGCCCCGCCACACAUUCCAUUGUAGUGACACUUAUUGUGAACUUGCCAACAUGGCGCAACUCGAUACCUUGGACAUCGUUGUCCUCGCGGUUAUUCUGCUAGGCACGGCUGCCUAUUUCACAAAGGGCAAGCUAUGGGGGGUAACUAAAGACCCAUACGCCUCGUCGUUCGCCAACACCAAUGGCGCCGGCGCCAAAGCCGGGAAGACGAGGAAUAUCGUGGAGAAGAUGGAAGAGUCGGGUAAGAACUGUGUCAUUUUUUACGGUUCGCAGACUGGUACCGCCGAAGACUACGCCUCGAGGUUGGCUAAAGAAGGCAAGAGCCGAUACGGUCUCGAGACCAUGGUUGCCGAUUUGGAAGAGUAUGAUUUCGAUAAUCUCGAUACCUUCCCCGAAGACAAGGUCGCCAUGUUUGUUCUUGCGACCUACGGCGAAGGCGAGCCUACUGAUAACGCCGUUGACUUUUACGAAUUUAUUACGGGUGACGAGCCUUCAUUUUCUAAUUCGAACGACCCGCCUCUUGGUAACCUAACAUACGUUGCGUUCGGUCUGGGCAACAACACGUAUGAACACUAUAACUCUAUGGUCCGCAAUGUCAACAAGGCUUUGGAGAAGCUCGGUGCUCACAGAGUCGGCGAAGCCGGAGAGGGUGAUGACGGUGCCGGCACCAUGGAAGAAGACUUCUUGGCUUGGAAAGAUCCCAUGUGGGCUGCACUGGCAGAGAAGAUGGGCUUGGAAGAGCGUGAGGCCGUUUACGAACCAAUCUUCGGCAUCGUUGAGCGUGACAACUUGACCAAGGAGUCUUCCGAGGUAUAUCUAGGAGAGCCAAACAAGAUGCACCUCGAAGGGACUGCCAAGGGUCCAUUCAACGCCCAUAACCCUUACAUUGCGCCCAUUGCCGAGUCCAAGGAACUGUUUAGCGUUAAAGACCGAAACUGCCUUCACUUGGAGGUCGAUAUUAGUGGAUCUAAUCUGACAUACCAGACUGGAGACCACAUUGCGGUCUGGCCGACUAACCCUGGUCAAGAGGUCGACGAAAUGUUGAAUAUCUUGGGCUUGCAGGACAAGAGAGAUGCUGUUAUUAGUGUCAAGGCUCUUGAGCCUACUGCCAAGGUCCCCUUCCCUACUCCUACGACUUUUGACGCUAUCAUACGGUACCAUCUCGAAAUCUGUGCUCCUGUUUCCCGUCAGUUCCUCGGGACUCUGGCUGCAUUUGCUCCUGAUGAGGAUGCUAAGGCUGAAAUGAUUAAGCUUGGAGGCGACAAGGACUAUUUCCACGACAAGAUCAGCAAGAACCACUACAACAUAUCUCGAACCCUUAGCGUUGUCAGCGGGGGCAAGAAAUGGCCUAGCGUUCCGUUCUCUGCUUUCAUUGAGGGUCUGAAUAAGCUGCAGCCCCGUUACUAUUCGAUCUCGUCAUCGUCUCUUGUUCAACCCAAGAAGAUCUCCAUCACGGCUGUUGUUGAGAAUCAGUUGAUUCCUGGUCGUAGUGACCCCUUCAAGGGAGUUGCCACCAACUACUUGCUUGCUCUUAAACAGAAGCAAAACGGCGACCCCAACCCCGAGCCAUUUGGUCUGACAUACGAGCUUAUGGGCCCACGAAACAAAUAUGAUGGUGUCCACGUCCCUGUUCAUGUACGACACUCAAAUUUCAAACUGCCUUCAGACCCUUCUAAGCCCAUCAUCUUGAUUGGCCCUGGUACUGGUGUGGCCCCCAUGCGUGGCUUCGUCCAAGAACGUGCCAGGCAGGCAGAGUCCGGUGAAAAUGUCGGAAAAACUAUUCUGUUCUUCGGUUGCCGAAAACGUACAGAGGACUUCAUGUACGAAUCAGAGUGGGAGGAAUACAAGAAGGUUCUAGGCGACAAAUUCGAGCUAGUAACGGCCUUUUCCCGUGAGGGCUCCAAGAAGGUCUAUGUUCAGCACCGUCUCAAGGAGAGAGCUAAGGAGAUCAAUGAGCUCCUCCAAAACAAGGCAUAUAUCUAUGUCUGCGGUGAUGCAGCUAACAUGGCUCGAGAAGUCAACACUGUUUUGGGUCAAAUUAUUGCCAAGGAGCGUGGCGUGCCCGAAACAAAAGGCGAAGAAAUUGUCAAGAAUAUGAGAGCCGCCAACCAAUAUCAAGAGGAUGUCUGGUCAUGAUGAAAUACCCAAGAGAGCGUUCCUUACAGCGAUGUGAGCAUUUAAAUAUAACCCGCAUAAGAGGUGUUGAUUUGGCGUAGACCUUGUCGGAGUGUUUAGAGCCAUAGGUUUACUAGAACACCUCGAAUUCCCAUGCAAAUUG